AUGGCCUCAGCAGCUCCCCUAAGGAAUGCGUUAGAAGAAGCCACUUGCUCCAUCUGCCUGGAGUAUCUGACAGAGCUGGUGACCAUAGACUGUGGGCACAACUUCUGCCGAGUCUGCAUCACCCAGUACAGUGAGCACGGGGAGCCUGAAUCAGACACAAAGUUCCCCUGUCCCCAGUGGCGAGCUCCCUUCCAGAAACAGAAACUCCGGCCCAACACGCAGCUGGCUGAUAUUGUACAGAACAUCAAAAAACUGAGGUUACAGCCAUGGAAAGAGCAGAAGAAAAAUCUGUGUGAGAGACACCAGGAGAAGCUCCAGCUCUUCUGUGAGGAGGACAGAGAAGCCAUCUGUGUGGUUUGCAGAGUCCCGGCUCACCGAGCUCAUGCUGUGCUCCCCAUACAGGAGGCUGCCCUAGAUUACAAGGUGAAACUCCAGGGAGCCCUGGGUCCUCUGAGGAAGGAGUUAGAGGAGUUCCUGGCAUUGGCGUCCAAAAGGGGAGAAGAACUAACGGACGACGUGGAGAAUCGGAGAUGGUCAGUCACACGUGAAUUUAAGAAACUGCACCAGUUUCUGAGUGAGGAGGAGCAGCUGCUUCUGCGGAGACUGGCGGAGGAGGAGAGGGAGAUUCUGCAGAGGCUGCAGGACAAUAUAACAAAACUCUCAGAGCAGAAUGCCGCUCUGAUCAAUCUCAUCACGGAGCUGGAGGAGAAGUGUCAGCAACCAGCCGUUGAGCUGCUGAAGGAUAUGAAAAACGCAUUGAUCAGGAGUGAGAAUGUGACACUCCAGCAACCAGGAGCUGUUUCUCCUGCCCUGAAGAACAUGUAUAAAGUCCACAUUGACAUGAGGGAAAUGCUGGAGAGAUUCACUGUGGACGUGACUCUGGAUCCAGACACGGCUCAUCCCAACCUUCUCCUGUCUGAGGAUCGGAAACAUGUGAGACACGGAGACACACGACAGGAUCUACCAGACAAUCCUGAGAGAUUUGAUUGUUGUCACUGUGUUCUGGGUGCUGAGGGGUUCACUGGCGGGAGAUGUUAUUGGGAGGUGGAGGUGGGAGACAUGACUGACUGGAUGCUGGGGGUUUGUAGAGAAUCUGUGAGCAGGAAGGGGUGGGUCAUACUCACAACUGAGAAUGGAUACUGGGCCAUGUGGCUGUGGGAUGGGGAAUACAAGGUCCUCACCUCCCCCCGAACUUCCCUCCCCGUGAGCAUCAGGCCCAGCCGAGUGGGGAUUUUCCUCAACUAUGAGGUGGGUGAGGUCUCAUUUUACAAUGUGACUGACAGGUCCCAUCUCUUCACUUUCACUGGCACCUUCUCCGGGACACUCCACCCUUAUUUCUGUCCUGGUCUCAAUGCUGGGGGUAAAAAUGCGGCUUCCCUGAAAAUCUGCCCUGUCCCAGCUCAGGCUGUAGGGAAUCUCUGUCCCUGACAGUGACACCCAGGGCAGAGACUGUCCCCUCCCAGUGCUGACCAGCCCCCAGGGCUGUUCCCAUGAGGUAUG